AUGCCUAAAUUAGCCACCACUGGAAUCCACGGCGCAGAUGACAUCCACGAAACAAGCGAUGUCAUUCCUCCCAUCAGCAUCUCAUCUACUUUCAAAUACUCGUCCGACCCAUCCAAACUUGUAAAGCUGGCCAAAAACGAAGACGGCGAAGAAUUGUUCACCAGAGAUCUCAUUUACUCGCGCUGGGCCCAUCCCAAUGGCGACCGAGUCGAGGCCAUCGUCGGAAAAUUGACCAAUUCUUAUGCUACGGUGUAUUCUUCGGGAUUGGGCGCCUUCCAUGCGGCUAUGGUCCAUUUCAACCCUAAACAGCUCUGCAUCGACAAGGCCUAUCACGGAUGUCUCGGAAUCGCGGAUAUUCUCACUCGUAACUACGGCUUGAAGCAGCUUUCAAUGUCCGAUGAGGAUUUGGACAAAUUGGGCAAGGGAGAUGUCGUGCAUUUGGAAACUCCAGUGAACCCAGAGUCCCGGUGUUACGACAUCAAAUACUUUGCCGACAAAGCACAUGCUAAAGGGGCCUACCUCAUUGUGGAUUCUACGUUUGCUCCAUUGCAAGAUCCCUUCGAGUUUGGCGCAGAUUUGGUGAUGCACUCGGCUACAAAAUACUUUGGUGGCCACUCCGAUUUGUUGUCUGGUCUUUUAUUGACCAAAAGCGAAGAAGUGGCAUAUAAGUUGUACGCUGACAGGCUUCAUUUGGGUACAAAUGUGGGUAACUUGGAGAGCGCCUUAUUGUUGCGCAGUUUGAAAACUUUUGAGUUGCGUGUUAAGCAACAAAGUUCGAGUGCUACCAAGUUGGCGACAUUCUUGAAUAGCAAAAUUGGCGAGUAUCCGGAAUUGGUGAAAGUGCAUCAUUCUUCCUUGCAAAAGGAUGAGUAUGUUGAAAAACAGCUUAGAGGUGUCCACUCACCUACCUUUUCCAUUGAAGUUAGCUCUGAGGAAUUUGCAAAGCAUUUGCCUUAUCGCUUGAAAUACUUCUGUCAUGCCACGUCUUUGGGUGGCGCUGAGUCGUUGAUUGAAUGGAGGUGCUUGACUGACAUCCAUGCUGCUCCUACAUUGUUGCGUAUCAGUGUGGGUCUAGAGGAUGCAGAUGAUUUGAUCGAAGAUAUGGCCCAUGCAUUCACUACCAAAUAA